AUGUCUUUUGAACAAUAUGAUUUAAUGGCAUUGGAAAAUCAUCACGAUGUCAUGCUUGCAAUGAGCGGGACAGCUAUAGCGAACCUGUCCCGUUCUGCCCAUGCGUGGAUGGAUGACAUCCAGCUCUUCAAGGACAUCAUGGACUUGAAGCAGGAGCUGCAGAACUUGGUCGCCAUCCCAGAAAAAGAAAAAACCAAACUGCAGAAGCAGAGAGAGGAUGAGCUAAUCCAGAAGAUCCACAAACUGGUGCAGAAGAGAGACUUCCUGGUGGAUGAUGCGGAGGUCAAGCGGUUACGGGAGCAAGAAGAAGACAAGGAAAUGGCUGAUUUCCUGAGAAUCAAGUUAAAACCUCUAGACAAAGUAACCAAAUCUCCAGCCAGUGAGUAUAUACAUUAUUCAUUCCCCUCCCCUACAAGAGAGAAAAUAUAUUUCAGGCCAGGUGCACAGUGGAUCACGCCUGUAAUCCCAGCACUAUGAGAAGCUGAGGUGGGUGGAUCACCUGAGGUCAGGAGUUCGAGACCAGCCUGGUCAACAUGGUGAAACCCCAUAUCUACCAAAAAUACAAAAAUUAGCUGGGCAUGGUGGCACAUACCUGGAAUCCCAGCUACUUGAGAGGCUGAGGCAGGAGAAUUGCUUGAACCCGGGAGGUGGGGGUUGCAGUGAGCUGAGAUUGGGCCACUGCACUCCAGCCUGGGUGACAGGGUAAGACUCUGUCUAAAAAAAAAAAAGGCCAUUUCAGAGAAGUCUGGGAGCCGUCAGAGGCACAACAAAAUGCUUUCUAGAGAUCAGAUCUAGAGAUCAGAUUUCAGCAUGGGAUGACAGCUGGCAGGACCAGCCUCACGGGCCUGCAGGCAGUUGCCUGGGGCCUCAUGCCUGACCAGUCUCACGGGCCUGCAGGCAGUUGCCUGAGGCCUCAUGCCUAGAAGGGUGCCAUGCUUGGUUUAAUGUUCUCCUGUUGCUGUCUAGAAAUUGUUAAUAUGUUUGGAACAUGGGGCCCUACAUUUUCAUAUUGCAUUGAACUCUGCAAACUAUGUACCUGGUCCUGGUAGUUGUUCCUCCCUAGUUGCAAAGUUUGGUGCAUUUCAUAGAAGGAAUUGGGUAGCCACUGAGGCUCAGGGAGCUCUGGCCUCUGUUAGGUCUGGAAUCUCUGGAGAAGCCAGAAGCCUAUGUCUCAGAAUAUUAACCUCAUGAGAUCCUCAGAGCAAAGAGGGUUUUGUAUGAAAUAAGUUUGAGAAAUGCUGUUUACUUGAACCUGUAUUUGGAGAGUCCCAAAGUCCAUUAGGAUAUUAAAGUGAUGAUGGAUCCUGCUGUCAAGAAACUGUCUUUUCUUUGUUGACCCAGCGUUUCUCAAAUGUGUUUAACUGCUGUAUUAGUGAGGCCUCUUUCAGUUAUAAGAAAUGGAU